AUGUCGAAAAAGAUGUGGCCUAUAAUAAUGCAAUUUUUACGUACAAACGCUCCAUACAUUACUUUACCAAUCGCAGCAGUAGUUGGUAUCAUAGGAUAUAAUCUGGAGAGUUUAUUAUCAGAUAGGUAUACUCCAUACAAUAAGUCUGUCCAAGAUCAGAGAGUAGAUAGACUAUCAUCUGAAGAGGAAAUUUUAAAUGAUCCAACAAAUGUCAAGAAACUAAAAUAUCAAGAGAAUGUUCUUGGAAGGAAUGUUUCGCCAUCUUUAGAGAAAAACUAG